AUGGCGGUGGCCACACAGCUGCAGCAGGACACUGUGCACUGUGUGGAAGCUGCAGGGCCCACGGCACGCCGGCCCACUAUGACUUACAGCUUGUGGAGCCUUAACACGGAAGCUCCACCUCCAUCUCCACCACCUGUGGUCUACUUUCGUGACAUAGACGACACACUGCGAGAAGUCACCAAGAAGUUAAAAGAGCGAACAGAGCUGUUCAAAGAGAAAGUCAUUGACCUGUAUGCCACUUCACCAGAAAUCACCCCCCCUGUCACACCCAUUCUGAGGAAGGAGGACUACAUCAGACAGAAGGAGGCAGAAAGAAUAGCAAAAGAGGAGGCAGACAAGAAGAAAGCCGAGGAGGCGGCAAAGAAGGCUGAGGAGAAGAAGAAGAAGGAUGAGGAGAAAAGGCUGGAGGCCGAGAAGAAGGCAGAGGAGGAGAGGCUGGCAGAGGAGGCCAGGAAGGCAGCAAAGUUGUGCCCGUCCUUCAGCUGCUCCUGUUUCAGUGUCCUCACCCGUCCAAUCGAGGACAAGAUGGACACGUAUCUGGGGAACACCAUAGAUCCCUUCACGGAUCGUCGGUACAUUAUGUGGUUGACCGUUGUAGCUCUGGCAUACAACUACAACGUUUGGUUUAUCCCCGCACGGAUGGCCUUCCCCUACCAUGAUGAGGCCGUCAUCCCUUUCUGGAUAUUCUUCGACAUUCUCAGUGACAUAGUGAACGUUAUUGACAUUAUCGUUUGGCAGCCCCGACUUCAGUUUGUCAAAGCAGGAGACAUCAUUAAAGACCGGGCUUUGAGUAAGAUACAUUAUCAGGAAUCGCAUCAAUUUAAGGCUGAUAUCAUCAGCAUCCUCCCACUCGAUCUUCUAGGACUGCACUUUGGUUUCUCCUCCAUUUACCGACUAAACCGCAUUUUGAGGGUUGAGUCCUUCUUUGACUUCAGUGAUCGACUGGAGAGCAUGCUGACCAGGGCCUACAUCUGGAGAGUUUCUCGUACCACAGGCUACCUGCUCUAUGCACUCCAUCUCAACGGCUGUGCGUUCUAUGUGGCCUCAGUGCACCAGGGCAUCGCAUCCACCUCAUGGGUGUAUGAUGGAGAGGGCUCAGCGUACCUGCGCAGUUAUUACUUUGCAGUGCGCAGUCUGAUCAACAUCGGUGGUCUACCUGAGCCUGAGACGCUCUUUGAGAUUAUCUUUCAGAUGGCAAACUAUUUCAUUGGCGUCUUUGUGUUCUCCAGUUUGAUUGGACAGAUGAGAGAUGUGAUCGGAGCCGCGACAGCAGGCCAGACAUACUUCCGGGCCUCGAUGGACGACUGUGUGUCCUACAUGAACACCUACUCCAUCCCCAGAGUGGUUCAGAACAGAGUCCGCACCUGGUACAACUACACCUGGGCCUCUCAAGGCAUGCUGGAUGAGUCAGAGCUGCUGGAUAAGAUGCCGGCGGUGAUGAGAACUGCCAUUGCUGUGGACAUCAACCUGGCAACCUUCCAGAAGAUUGCACUGUUUCAGGGCUGCGACCAGCAGAUGUUGGUAGACAUGUUGCUGAGGCUCAAGUCUAUCAUCUACCUGCCUGGAGACUUUGUAGUGAAGAAAGGUGAUAUUGGAAAAGAGAUGUACGUCAUCAAAAGUGGAGCAGUGCAGGUGGUGGGAGGACCUGACAACAGCAUUGUGUUUGUCACAUUGAAAGCUGGCAGUGUGUUUGGAGAAAUCAGUCUCUUACAGUCGGCCAAAGAUGGAGGCAACAGAAGAACAGCUAACGUCAAAGCGCAUGGCUUUGCUAACCUCUUUGUCCUGGAGAAGAAAGACCUGUUUGACAUCCUGGUCCACUACCCCGAGUCUCAGAAGGUGCUGGCCAGGAAGGGCAGGAAACUAGUGAAAGCCAAGGGUCCUGGAGGUGCUAAGACGGAUGAGGAGAGGAAAAAAGGCCUGGCUCUGUUUCGACACAAACCACAGACACCCAAGAUGGCCCGCAUCUUUGAUGCUUUCAUGAAUAACCUCAGGAAGUCAAAGACACAACAGGCGAAACCGGCCUCCGAAGAGUGAUGAGCUCGACCACUGGAAAGUAAUUUUGUUUGUAUCACUUUGUAUAAAGCACUUUGCACUGUGGACUAUGGGCUUCACUGGGCUACAGCUUCACAAGCUGAGUUCAUAAAAGGUUUGGAAAAGACAUUCUUGUGCAGCGGUUCCAUGCUGUUCUAAUUUUUUUAGCUUAUUUUAAAGGAAAAUUCCACUGUCACCUCUUUCCAGUUGAGAAAAAGGUUGUGUCCCUCACUGAAAUCAUAACAUGCUUUGUGCCUGUGUUGUAUUUUGGUGUGUUGAGGCUACUGCCAGUGGAAAAAUGAUAUCUAUGCCUUUUCGAUGAUGUUUGAUUUCAGAAUGUUCUGGAUCUGGUGUUUAUUAUUAAUGUUCCAAUGAAAUAUCUUGAUGUGAUAUUGUCUAUGUUUGGCCAGUUAUCCACAGGAAAUAAGUACCAUCAAAACAGUGUUAAACUAUUUAGGGUGGAUUUUCUCCUUAAUACCAGAGCUAGCAUUCUGUGACUGGACAUCUGUCAGCAAUCAGAAACUACUGGAUGCACUUUAUCAAGCUGGAAGAGGACACUGCAGUUACACCUUGUAAACUAGAGAGAAAGUCAUUUCUGUCUGUUAAGUUAGAGCUGAUCCCACAGAUGUAUAAUAUCUAGGCUGGUAACCAAAUAUGAUGGUUAACUUCAUGCAAAAAUGUUUAAACUUUGUAUACUGUAAAUUGUACUUCAUUUUUCAUAUAAAACAAUAUUAACAUUUA